AUGAUUCUGAUCAUGGUCUUCCGUGGCUUCCUGUUGCUUUACGAUCUUACUCGGAUGCUCACCUUUGUGUUCCAGUCUGAAGAGCCACUGGGGCUCGUCUCGUUUUAUGAACUCUCCCUGGAACACCACAGCCAUUCUCUACACCCCUCGGAGCUCCUGCCAGAGACAAGCAUCAUGCACAGUGCUGCACACGUGGCCUUAUCAGAGACUGUUCUCCGGUCCCAGCCAAGCAUCUCUGUCCUUGUCCUCUCCUCUCCGUCUGCUAUUGCUUUUGAUACAGCCCUUUUAAGCCAGAGACAACAGACUCAAAGUACAGCGGAGCACAGUAUCUUUGAGGCAAAUAUCGCAUCUGUGACGAGUAAUGAGGUGGCCCUUGAUGAGGAGGAGAUGGAUAACUUUUUGCCAGACGCUCCCUGGACCUCUUCACGGGUGGUCUCCCCAAUGCAGUAUAUUACACCGAGCCUACCGGAGCUGCCCCAGGAAAGGCCGGAGCCUGGCACGACCCCAUCACUACCCACCAUUUCUUUUCAGGAUGAAAUGGUGUCCGGAUGUCAGAACACAGCACAACAGGCAACUGUACAUGUGGAGCCGUCCACGUAUUUCGGCACUUCUUGGUCAGCUUUUCUUAUGUCCAAGGGCAUCAUUCCAACUCCUACUAGGAAUUUGGUGCUUCAUCCUACGGAAAUUCACAGCCAGUUAUCAAGCAAGCCUCUGCCAGAGUCGGUCGCUUCUGUAACAGAGGGCACAGAAAACCUCUUUUUCAGCUCCUGGAUUUCAGUGUCUCAGCCAUCAGUCGAUGACAUGACUCAACAGCCAUCUGUUCCCCUGUGGGAGGUCUCACAGCCUCUAGUGGGUGUCCUGGCCACAAGCACAGACAGAUACCCUAAUGAAACCACUGCUUGGAGUGAACAUCUAGAGGAAGCCAUCGCUCUCAGAGCACACCCCAGCGUAACCGCGUCACCCACAAACCCUGCUCUCAGAGCACACCCCAGUGUAACUGCGUCACCCACAAACCCUGCUUUUAGUAGUCUGACUUCCGCUUUAUUUUCAACCCCGCUUUCAUCUGUGUCUUUUGCUACCCAGUUACCUGGUGUUCCAGAUAACUCCUCCCUCUUGAGUGAGGCCAGGGAAUCAUGGAACAGCUCUAUGGUUCCUAGUUUUACUGACCAUCCUCAUGUCCUGAGCCCAGAGGCUUCCCUGAGACCACACACGAGGUGUGUGUCUUGUGUUGUCUCAUCAUCUCAGCAAGGACUGGCCAGGAGCCUCACAGAGAAGGAGAUGGGAUCAGGGGUUAGGCUUGAGACUUUGUCUACUGCCUCAAUAGAGGCAACCCAUCUUUCUCCAUUGACCAGCGAGAGCACAGACCUCUCUGAGCUUGAAGAUCCUCAAGAAUUUAAUACGCUUUUCCCUUCCAGACCUGUGGUUUCCUUUUCUUCCAGAUCUGUGGGGCUGUGGAAAGCCAGCACAGAUGUGUCACCUGAGGCGGAUGUGAGUGGCAUUGCCACGAUCCAGGUGUACCCUUCCCACAGCCGCCUCUCCACACAAAGCUCACUUGAUUCGACUUUUGGCUUCUCUGUCACCAAUGAUCUAGUGAUGUCAUCCAGUGUGACCCAUCUGUUGUCCUCUGUCAUCCCCAGCACCUAUUUUGACUCACCUUUCUCCUUGACUGCAAAUCAAAACACUCUAUUCCUUACAGCUGGAAACCCAAGCUUUCUUUCCUCUUACAGUCUGGUCCCCUCAGCACAGUCUAAAGUUUUCUCUGACCGAGCACCUACCAGCUCUCUGGAACUCGAGUCUGGAAGUCUUUUGGAUUACACAUCCAGCUUUUACUCAACUCCGGCCCUGGAAUUGAGCACUCCGGCCCUGGAAUUGAGCACUCCAGCCCUGAAAUUGAGCACUCCGGCCUUUUCAUGGUCAGGCGCACUUGCUUUCCCAUCUUUGUUGUCAAGUGACCCACCAACCUUCUUUUCUCACACUUUUUCCACUGUGGCUGAGACAUUGUCAUUGUCCAACUCUAUGAAUUUGCAAUCACCUCAGUUCUCUGUUCUUAAUCCCACAAAUCUAGAGCCAUCUCAGCCACGGUCAAGUACAGACCUUCUUUUGAACACAGUUGCUGUCCUUCCUAGUCACCCUGAGAUGCCCCCACUUUCAAGCUCCCCCGCUGAGUCUCUCAAGUCCGCCGAAGCAUCGAGAGUUUCACUGAGAGAAUCUGAUGUUCAUCUUACCUCAUCUUUCUCUGAAACUACCUCUGCCUUUGAAUUUUCACCCAUUCCCCAUGAACCCACAGUCAGCACACGGGUUCCCUCCAGCUCGGAGCCCACCCUGGGCAUCUCCACAGCUGGGACUCACCUGACAUCACUGCCAACUAUUUUCCAUUUGACACCCAUUUUAACUGGGUCAUCUCCAUUCUUGACUCUGACACCGUCUGAUGGCAGUGUGCAUGUGACAGACCAUCACACACCAGUCUCAGCCACAUCUUCCAGUGUCAUUCCAACCAGCACAGAAUCGAUCUCUGACCCGUACCUGUCCGCCUCCAUAUCACUUGUUUCUGAAGUAAGCCCUUCACCUCCGCCCACAAAGCCAGUCACGGGCGCAUCAUUGACACCCACAGAUUUACCACCCAGUACUUCCCCAGAACCAAGUACAUCCCCGGAACCAAGCAUGCCCAACACCAGCACAGCCCCUGGUGAUACUGUGGACUCUGCUCUGAACAGCGAGCCUAUGAGUCAGAACCCUCAGGGGAACAGUGUACCCCCUCCCCAACCCUCCCUCGGUCCUGUUACCACCUCCACGCUUGAAGCCACAGUUGGUACACCAGCACUGGCCACAGCCAAGCCGCCAUAUGUGUGUGAUAUUACAGUUCCCGAUGUCUAUUUGAUCACAACUGUGCUGGCCAGACGAGCCGUGCAGGAGUACAUCAUUACAUCAAUUAAAGAAGUGCUGAGAAUUCACUUCAACCGCGCAGUGGAGCUGAAGGUAUAUGAACUGUUCACAGACUUCACAUUUCUGGUAACAUCUGGUCCUUUUGUUUACACGGCAAUAUCAGUCAUUAACGUCCUCAUCAACAGCAAACUUGUACGUGACCAGACUCCUUUAAUCUUGUCUGUGAAACCAUCUUUCCUCGUGCCAGAUCCCAGGUUUCAAGUUCAAACAGUACUUCAGUUUGUGCCUCCGAGUGUGGAUACUGGCUUCUGCAACUUUACACAGAGCAUUGAGAAAGGCCUGGUGACAGCUCUCUUUGAAGUAAGGAAACACCAGGGGACAUAUAACCUCACAGUGCAGAUUGUGAAUGUCACCAUUGCUUCUUCGAGGGUGGCUCCCCGGAGGGGCCCAGUGAAUAUUAUCUUUGCUGUUAAAGGCUCACAAGGUUAUCUGAACGGGUCGGAGGUGAGCGAUCUGCUGAGGAACCUGACGCUGGUGGAGUUCAGCUUCUACCUGGGGUACCCGGUGCUGCAGAUGGCAGAGCCCUUCCAGUACCCACAGCUCAACCUAUCUCAGUUACUGAAGUCCUCCUGGGUCAGAACAGUCCUCCUGGGUGUAGUGGAAAAGCAGCUCCACAAUGAAGUGUUCCCAGCCGAGAUGGAGCGCAAAUUGGCCCAGCUGCUCAGUGAGGUGCCCACCAGAAGACGCAUGUGGCGGAGGGCCACUGUAGCUGCUGGGAACAGCGUGGUACAGGUGGUGAACGUGUCCAGGCUGGAGGGAGAUGACAAUCCGGUGCAGCUCAUCUACUUUGUGGAGAAUCAAGAUGGAGAGAGACUCAGUGCAGUCAAGUCUUCAGAUCUGAUCAACAAGGUAGACCUCCAGAGGGCGGCCAUCAUCCUGGGGUACCGGAUUCAAGGCGCCAUUGCCCAGCCUGUGGACAGGGUGAAGAGGCCAUCCCCAGAGUCACAGAGCAGCAACCUAUGGGUCGUGGUUGGCGUGGUCAUUCCUGUGCUGGUGGUCACUGUAAUUGUUGUCAUCCUCUACUGGAAGCUGUGCCGCACGGACAAGCUAGACUUCCAGCCUGACACGGUGGCCAACAUACAGCAGCGGCAGAAGCUGCAGAUCCCCAGCGUGAAAGGCUUUGAUUUCGCUAAGCAACAUCUGGGUCAGCACAAUAAAGACGACAUACUGAUUAUUCAUGAGCCAGCACCACUGCCAGGACCUGUGAAGGACCACACCACACCCUCUGAAAAUGGAGAUGUGCCGAGCCCAAAGUCAAAGAUCCCUUCCAAGAACAUCCGACACAGAGGGAGAGUUUCCCCUUCAGACGCCGACUCCACAGUCAGCGAGGAAUCCAGUGAGAGGGAUGCAGGAGAGAAAACGCAAGCUACCGCCCCUGAGAACAAGGCCCACAGAGCUCCGCAGAGCGGCGCCCCCCUGCCCAGUUCAGGGAAUGAGCAGCAUUCCUCAGCCUCCAUCUUCGAGCACGUGGACAGGAUUUCCCGAACCUCAGAGGCCAGCCGGCGGGUCCCCAGUAAGAUCCAGCUUAUUGCCAUGCAGCCUAUCCCGGCUCCACCAGUGCAGCACCCUGUCCUGGCCGACCGAGUGGCAGAGACCAACAAAAUCAACAAGGAGAUCCAGUCGGCGCUGCGCCACAAGUCAGAGAUUGAGCACCACCGCAACAAGAUCCGCCUGCGUGCCAAACGCCGAGGCCAUUAUGAGUUCCCAGUGGUGGAUGACCUGUCUUCUGGUGACACCAAGGAGCGACACCGAGUAUACCGCAGGGCACAGAUGCAGAUUGACAAGAUCCUGGACCCUGCAGCCAGUGUGCCCUCUGUGUUCAUAGAGCCCAGGAAAAGUUCACGGAUGAAACGUUCUCCUAAGCCUCGCCGGAAACACCAGGUCAACGGCUGUCCCGCUGAUGCGGAGAAGGACAGACUCAUCACCACAGACAGUGAUGGCACAUACAAGCGGCCCCCGGGGGUGCACAACUCUGCCUACAUUGGAUGCCCAUCUGAUCCUGACCUCCCAGCUGAUGUCCAGACGCCCUCCUCUGCCGAGCUGGGCAGGUAUCCCGGCCUGCCUUUCUCAGCCUCUCAGUACAUCCCACCUCAGCCGUCCAUCGAGGAGGCACGCCAGACCAUGCACUCCCUCCUGGAUGAUGCCUUCGCCCUUGUGGCUCCCAGCAGCCAGCCCACCAAUGCUGUGGGAGCAGGUACUGGGGUGCCUGCCAGCCUACCUGUGAAUAGCACCCCUUCCAGGGAAGAAAGGCGAGCCACACAGUGGGGGUCCUUCUACAGUCCCGCUCAGACGGCCAACAACCCUUGCAGCAGAUACGAAGAAUAUGGGAUGACUCCCCCAUCGGGCCCAUUGCCAAGACCUAGCUUUGGCCCAGGGUUGCUGCCGUCUUCAGAGUUGGUCCCUCCUGAACCCCCACAGCCACAGUCAUCAACUGAUGCUUCGUAUGCUGCCCGAGGGAUCUACUCAGAGGAGAUGCCGUCAGUGGCCCGGCCUCGGCCUGUUGGGGGCACCACAGGCUCCCAGAUCCAGCAUCUGACACAGGUGGGAAUUGCAAGCAGAAUUGGGGCCCAACCAGUAGAAAUUCCUGCUGGCAGAGGCAGCCAGUACGGGGGACCAGGCUGGCCUGUAUAUGGGGAGGAGGAGGCAGGACGAAGAGAAGUCACUCACAUACUCGGACAUCAAGAGUAUUCUUCUCCACCGCUGUUUCAGGUGCCAAGGACUUCGGGCAGGGAGCCCUCAGCCCCUCCCGGGAACCUCGCCCACCGAGGGCUGCAGGGCCCUGGACUGGGUUACCCCACCAGCUCCACAGAGGACCUCCAGCCCGGCCACUCCUCCGCCUCCCUCAUCCGAGCGAUCCGAGAGGAGCUCCUGCGAUUGUCUCAGAAACAGGGCUCAGGACAGAACUUCCACAGCUGAUCAGCCUCCCUUGCAGGUUUGCCAAGUAUCUGCUUCCUGUGGAAGCAAGACCAAAAGGAAAUCAACUGAGCGGGUGUUUGUAAGAGUCGGAAGCAGCAUCUCCGGGCAAGCUGCCCGAGGAAGGGAACAAGUUGCAACGUUAGAAGAUGCCAUAAAGUCACAUGGACAACUCAUGGUACUUUUACUAGGUUGGCAAUUUGAUGACCACUUUGGUUCAGUCAAAAUGUGUGUACUUCAGGCCAAAAGCGCCAGCACUUACACACACACACACAGAGAGAGAGAGAGAGAGAGAGAGAGAGAGAGAGAGAGAGAGAGAACCAAAACACAAAUCUAAGCUAACAAAAUGUAAGUUAGUCUCCUCUUUCAAAGGCAAAAGAUUAAACCGUGUAGGUAGAUAGGGUGCAGGAGCAGCAUUUCCCUGGGAAUCUGACUGGUACACACAACACACCCACUACCCUGUUUCCUGAGAAGAGAGAUCUCAAGACAUUUUAGUAACAGCUUGAGCCCUCUUUUCCUCCGUAGAAACUUACGUUAAUAGUAAUAUUAACAACAAGACAUGCUGAGACUGUUUGGUAAUCUAAGAGAGCUACUAGUGAGAACCUGAUGAUAGGUUGUGGAGUUUGGUGAUUUCAAACAAAGCCAUCGCCUGCAUUCUUUCUCCUUCUGGUGCUACAGCUCUGAGGGCUUUCACCUUUCUGUCUGAAACACAACUGUGGCUUUUGCAGUAGAAGAAUAUGUUGGUGGUUUCAUUGUGUUCUGGGGUCUGGGGGAAGAAAAAGAAAAAGCUGCACUUUGGGGAGGGGAAGUUUCAUAUUUAUUUGGUUAUUCAAAAUAUAUAUCAGAUUUUAGGUUUCCAGUCAUAGUUGUAUUUGCUGUUUAUUUGUUGGGCUCACCCAGCUCUUGGCUCCAUAGCAGAGCAUCUGGAUGAGGUCUACCCCACAGAAUGAGGCUACUGGGGUGUCCUAACCCAGGUCCUCGUACUUCACUGACAGUUUGCUCACAGAUUAUAUUUGAAUGUCUUAUGGAAGCAGGCAUUAUUUUCAAUAAUUCUUAGUAUCAUCUGGUUGUCAUGAAUGUCCAUGGUAGUCAGGUCCCCUGAGUUCUGGACUAGAAGUGGAGCUGUGUUCCUGUCAGCCUCUGUAAUGACUGAAGAAAUACAGGGUUUUAAAACCACGAAGGAAAUGAGAGUUUCCCCCCAUUUCUGAUUUUAUUUCUUUGUCUGAAGUCUGUCUUACUCACUUUGGGCCAGAGAGAGGUUACCUCACAGUGUGUUUCUGAUGUCACAUUUCUCAGCCUCUGACAUUAUGACAUUCUAUAUCCUGGUGCCUGGAAGAAACUCUGGGAAAUUGCACACUGAACAGGGAGUUGCAUGAACCUCUUCAUCAGAUGAACGGAUGCUUUUGAUUGAAUAACAGAUAAUGGGGUAGUUUGUGGAGCUCAGCCUAACCAAACCUGUGUGUCUGCAAGUCUCAAGAAAAUGGAAACAGCUAGAACAAGCCCCCAGACUGUAGUCACUGGCUCCAGAAUUGUUUCUGCCCUUCUCAGUCUCGGGACACAAGGACACCUGUCCCUGGAAACUGGUACAGCCAGUGUUUAUCUGCAUGCUCCAGAUGAGAAGGCAUGCAGGAGAGUACCCAGUGCUCUUUGUCAGGUGGCCUGCAGGCACUCUGCAGAGGAUGGAAGAGGAGACCUCUGUUCUGGGCUUAUUUAUUAAUCUUGAUUUAAUAAGUUCUCUUCCCAAGCUGGAAGAUCCUCUUUCCAGUCAUUCUAACCAAGUCUCAAAUAUCCAGGCAGAGUUUUAGCAUGACAUCUGUGUGAUAAAUCCAAAUCAAUACACAGAAUAAAUGGCCCUUUCUCACCCCAUGUCAUGAAGGUUUCCGACAUAGAGUGUCCUAAAAAUGACCACCUCCUUUGUACAAUACCAAAAUGAGCUUCGGUGUCAGAGGAUGUGACAAAAACAGCAAUUUUGAUGCCUUUGAAAUUACAAAGGGAUUCUACCUGUAUUUUUACUCUUAGAACAGAUACACCUUUAAACGGUGUCACAACCAAAGGUGGAGUAUAGUGUGGCAUGCAGGCUCUGUGGAAGCUCAGUUGUUGGUUAUUUAAAGCACACUCAGUUUGCACCCAUUUCCCCUAAACAACUGGCACAGCAGGUUUACCAUGCUUAAACUCUUGUGGGAUACGCCAUAUCCAGCAGGUAUCCAUCCAGUCACUCAUCCAGUGUGCUCCCCUAAAAAGGUUUGUCCUCAACAUGUGUAAAUUAUUAAAGCACUCCUAAAUGAAAGUUAAGCUUAAUGUCUGUCCUUUUCUUCUAAUUUUAGAAGUUCCAUUGAGAAACACCAACUGCAAAUCUGAGUCAGCAUUUUAGAACACAAUGCUUGGAGAAGUGCUUUUUCCGCUCUCUCCUUUGUUGCUAAUUCCUUGUGUUCGAUUCCUUCUGUAUGUCAUCCUUGUUAUUAACAAGACCAUUAUCCUCCCCCUGCCCUGACACCUCAUAGCAUCUCUGCUUCUAAAAAUCAGGUGGGAUCCUACUUGAAAAAGAAGCCUUGAGGAGAGAGCUUCCGUCACUGUGAACAUGUGAGAGGUUACCUGUGUGGAUGUUCUGCCGUGGGUGCUAGGCUGUGAUCUGUCAGUGUCUGGGUUCACCGUAGGGAAUCAGAACAAAACAGAAAGUUCAAACUUACCACUUCUCUGUCAGCUUCAAAGGUUGCCUGCAAAGUAUUAGUUUUGCUCCCAACUUUCUGACACUAGAUAAGUCAGCAGACAGGAGUCCUGUCUUCCAAGAGAUUUUAGAAUCUAAGCUGGAUAGUACAGACAGGUAUAAAAGAUGGUAUAAGAGAUAAGCAGGGUGGCUUAGAUACCCAUAAAAUGCAAAAGCUAGAAGCCACUUUGAUGUUACUCAAGCCAGUGAUGAUAUGGCAAUGGAUAAGCCUCACAGUUGUCCUGGGAAAGGGGUUAGUCAAGUGAACUCAAUCCUGAGAGGAAGUAGUCAUCUUGGGAGGAAACCUGUCUAGUAGCGAAGCAAACAAAUGUCCAGACUGGUGAAGAUCUGCCUAGCAGGAGCCCUGGUGUGGGGAAAAGGAGGUCGGAGUACCAGGAACUGCCGAUGUCUGCCGAGUGUCCUGUUACACACACAGGCAUGAGUGGCGCUGUGCUGGGCCUUGCAGAGCUUAGCUUAGCUUAGAUCGUCUGUGGACUUUAGCAGGUUGUGGCUGAGUUACAGCUGGCUUCAUUAUCUACGCCUUCAUUUUGUCCUCCAGGUCUUAUUUCAUUUCAGAGUGUGUUGAUUUUGAUGGCAUGUGACUUUUAAGCAG